GAUUCGUUGUGUGCUGUUGGAUUUGUGUCGUGUCGUUUCAAAUCAGUAGACAGAAUCAGAACAAGGGUUUCGAGACAGCAGUGACUCAGAGAGCAUCAAACAAGACGACGACAUCGCCCGUAUCGCUUAUAAUACGUAGUGCAGUGGAAGACCCGCUUGACCAACUUAUUCUGGUAGAUACUCCAUAUCGCAACCGCUUCGAAGACUGAGAAGCAUUCGAGUAAUAACAGCUCGCGACGGGCGAGCACUUGCACCGUGUGCACCUUCUGAAAAAAAAAUCUUCUCCGAAUAGUAAAGCAUCCUCCCAACAGCCCUACUAGGCCGAAAUGGCAACUAGGAAAAAGGUCCUGCUUAAAGUCAUCAUAUUGGGGGACAGCAGCGUUGGAAAGACGUCGCUCAUGAACCAGUAUGUGACGAAACGCUUCUCCAAUCAAUACAAAGCGACGAUUGGCGCCGAUUUCCUGACAAAGGAAGUGGUGAUCGAUGAUCGAGUCGUGACGAUGCAGAUUUGGGACACUGCCGGUCAGGAACGUUUCCAAUCUCUCGGAGUGGCAUUUUACCGCGGUGCGGACUGUUGCGUGCUGGUAUACGACACAACCGCACCGAACACGUUCAAAAACCUCGACUCGUGGCGGGACGAAUUCCUUAUCCAGGCCAGCCCACGUGACCCCGAUCACUUUCCGUUCGUAGUGCUGGGCAAUAAAAUAGACUUGGAGAACAGGGCUGUGUCAACGAAACGAGCACAGCAGUGGUGUCAAGCUAAGAAUGAUAUUCCCUACUUCGAAACGUCGGCCAAAGAAGGCAUCAAUGUAGAGCUUGCGUUCCAAACAAUUGCCAAAAACGCUUUGGCUCAAGAUAAUGAGGUUGAACUCUACAACGAGUUCCCCGAUCAAAUCAAGCUGAACGCGGACCGCAACAACCGGCCUCGGAACGGAGACAACUGCUCGUGCUAAUAACCCGCUACCCACUGGAAGGUAACCAAUAGAUAAAUUUCAAUAGUAUCCAUACUAAAAUCUAGCAGAGAGGCACACGCUGCUAAAUGAUAACAUUAAACAAGAGAACGAAGUAACAAUGCGUGUUUGUAUGUAAGGAAGGACAUACUUUACAGAAAAUAAUGAUUAUGAACAUUUAUGAACAAACAAUAAACAACAAAAUUACAACAAACACAGUAUCCAGUAUGCAGUAGUGAUAUCAAUGUUUAUUAAAGACUCACUUCAAUUAAUUAUUUUUCAUCUUGCAAAAUAUACAACAGUUUAUGCUUUAUUUGCAGUCCGACAGAAAUUAAAUUGUUACAAUAAAAUCGCAGAUAAAAACCCAGAUUUUUUUUGUUUUCUCGCAAUCGUUUAUAGAAAGGAAUAGGUAUUGCACCUUAAAUACGCUAAGGUUCAAACGAACUUUAUCGUUCCAGCCAGGCGGUUAUUACGGUGAUGUUAUUGAGAAUGUAUAGUAGUUGUUAAGCGUAUAUCCUUUUUUGAAUAAGCAUCAAUGCAGUAAUUAGCAAAUAUUCUAAAAAUAAAUCCUAUUUUCUGAUUUUGACAUUGUUCUUGGUAUUACCUUCAAUAGAUUGUUGGCCUUCUGAUAGAUAGUUAGACUUCUUAGUUGUCCCCCAUAAUACAUGUCUUUAGUGUUGAAAUGUUAAAACACUCAUAUGGUUUUUUCCAACAGGUUGAUAUUAAUUAAAUCUUGAAUUUUGAAAUCAACCCAUUCAACGAUAAUAAUGAUAAUAAUUUUUGAAAUAAAGCUUCUAACUAAAAGGUAGCUGAGCUGUGGUGUCGUUUGUCUUUUCCUACAUAGGACAAUUCUGUUCUUCUUGUAGAUACUGUGGAACACAUGCGGGAAUUGUUUUUAAGAUAUGAAAUCACAUUUGCAUUGUUGUUCUUUUUGGAAUUUUUCAUUCAAAAAGUGAUUUAUUUUUUAUGCAUGAUGCUUAUGAUUAAAUUAUUAAUUAUUGAAAACUAUUAUAAGCUGCUUAGAAUAUGGCUAGAAACGUGAAUGCAAAUACAUACCGAUAUUUAGGAGAACAAAUGCAAACUAUGUCUUGUCAAACACUAAUCAGGCAUAAGAGUGUUUCUUUAGUAAAAAUACAGUAACGAAACUGUCACAUGGAAAGGCCCAUAGAAAAAAAAAAUAAGAAGAGGAGUCUCACGCUGACAAAAUGAAACAAUUGUAAUAAAUUAUGUUCAUGCUAAAUCACAAUAGAAAAUAGUUUAAAUUCAGAUACGAGCAUAUUCGAUUAAAAUAUUGUGUGCAAUCGCAAUUGUCGGUCACGUAAAACAAUAAAAUUCACCAACUAGCUACAGAAAGUAAAAACAAGAUUCUUUUCUUAUUAAUUUUCUUUCGUAAUGCAGACAUAUACAUUGGUGAUCAGUUUUGGAUGAAGAAUUCAGAUAACUAUUUAAAAUAGAUAUACAUGAUGAUUAAUUAAUAUGAAUAAAGUAAUAUAAAACUA